AUGGAUUGUUGCGAGUGGAGUGGUGUAACAUGCGACAAUAUGGGUCGUGUUAUUGGUCUCGACUUAAGCGAUGAAUCAAUCUCUGGCGGAAUCCACAACUCAAGUAGCCUUUUCAAUCUCAAGUAUCUUCAAAGUUUGAAUCUUGCUAAAAACAGCUUCGGCUCUUGGCAAAUUUCAUCUGGGUUUGAGAAGCUAACUAGUUUGACAUAUAUGAAUUUGUCAUAUGCAGACUUGACAGGACAAUUUCCUAUUGGGAUUUCAGGUUUGACAAGGUCGGUCUCUCUGGAUUUCUCUGGGAAUUACUACUUAAAACUUGGCAACUCAAAUCUAAAAUUGCUUGUUCAGAAUCUCACGGAGCUCACAGAACUCCGUCUUGAUGGUGUAAAUAUAUCGUCCAAGGGAGAGGAAUGGUGCCAAGCCAUAUCUUCUUCACUCCCUAAUCUGCGAGUCUUGAGCUUUUCUUCCUGUGAUCUCUCAGGUCCUCUUUGUUCUUCCCUUGAGAAUCUCCGAUCCCUUUCGGUGAUCGAUCUGAGUCAAAACAAUUUGUCCGCCCCAGUUCCAAAUUUCUUUGCAAACUUCACCAAUUUGACAGAAUUACUUCUCUGGUAUUCUAAUUUGCAGGGAACAUUUCCGGAAAACAUCUUCCAUGUGCCAACUCUACAUAAACUUGACUUAUCAGACAAUAUAUUACUUCAGGGUUCUUUUCCAGAAUUUUUCCAGAAUGGAUCUCUCCAGACCUUAAUUCUUAGCCACACAAAUUUUUCUGGGAUAUUACCAAAUUCUAUUGGUAAUCUUCAGAUGUUGUCCACGAUAGAUGUUCAGAAUUGCAACUUAACUGGAGCAAUCCCAAGUUCAAUGGCAAACCUUACUCAACUUGUUUAUUUGGAUUUGUCAUACAAUAUGUUUAUUGGUCCAACCCCAUCAUUUUCGAAGAACCUCUCCUACAUAGACUUAUCCCAUAAUCAUUUAACGGGAACAGUUCCUUCCACCCACUUUGAAGGCCUAUUGAAUCUUGUUAUGAUUAAUUUAAGUCAAAAUUCACUCAAUGGAAGCAUUCCGUCAUCUCUUUUAGAACUCCCAUCGCUGAAAAAAAUUUAUCUCGAGUUUAACCAAUUUGAUGGUCAAGUUGAUGAAUUUUCUAAUGCUUCCUCCUCUCUACUAGAGGUCAUCAAUCUGAGUAGUAACAAUUUACAGGGGGCAACAUCAUUAGGAAACUUGAAGAAGCUCGAAUCACUUGAUCUUUCGCGAAACAAGUUGACUGGGAUGAUCCCAACACAACUUGCAAGUCUUACAUUUCUUUCAGUUUUGAAUGUGUCAUACAAUCUUUUGGUUGGAAGAAUUCCGACAGGUUCUCAGUUUCAAACAUUCUCAGAAGCAUCAUUUCUAGGGAAUCCAGGACUAUGCGGCUUCGCUUUGAACACAAGUUGCAGUGAUAGUAAAGUUGCACCAAAUUUCGAAGAUGGGCAUUCAACCUCGGAGUCAGAGGUCUACCUAAGUGCAGCAUUGGGAUUUAUUGUGGGCUUAGGAAUUAUCAUCUGGCCACUUGUGUUCUGUAGAAGAUGGAGACGAUGGUACUACAAACAUGUGGAUCGAGUGUUUCUAAGAAGAAUAAUACAGAGAAGAGUGUACAGAAAUUCAAUUCGACAGCUUUAG